UUCAGCAGCAACUGCUACCGCCUCUCAAACGCUUGACCCGCCACAAUUUCAGAGCAGGGUUCCCCGAAAGGAAAGGAAGGGGAAGGGACCGAGCCAGUUGUUUUCAUCGGAGCGAGACGUGCACCGCACACUGAUUGCGGCGUUGUUUCUGUGCAGUGCGGGGCUCCACCGCGCUCUUCCAGGCCAGGCGCUUGCGUGAAAUGUGCCAUUGCCGGACGUCCAGCUCUUGGGAACCACUCAUCCGCUCGCCCAGGGGCGAGACGUCGGACCAGUUUCGGUGUCUCCGAGGACGCGGAAACGGUCCCCGGAGCAGUGCGAGGAAACCUCUCGGAGGGGAGACUCCUUUGAGGCGACUGACCCGCGCGCGUUGCAAAAAAGAAGCGCGACGUCAUUUCAGCCGGCGCGCGCGGCGAGGCUUGCCGGGUUUGCAGCGCCGACCCCGCUCCCUCCCUUUCCUCGGGCCCAAACGCAGGAGGGAGACGGCGGAAGGGGUCGAGCCGCUCCCUCCCGCCGACGAUGACUUCACCCUCCGCCAGCCGCAGCCCCGACUGCGACUGCCUUCUGCCCCUGGUGCGGACGGAGGCGCAAGGCGCGUGGUCCCGGCUGCCUCGGCGGAGCCCGCGCUUGGUCUUACCAAGUAUACACCUCAAAUGACCAAUGCCAACUUCACAAUUUUGAAGGACAGCAACAGGUUACUUUCUGUGAUGAUGAACCUGACGGAGUGGGCUGAAACAAAAUGGACAGAUCACUCAAAUUCCUCAACACAACUGCCUUCACCGUCUUGGGGCAGCAAUGACUCCUUUUCUUUCCAAGAGGAUCUCCAGGAGAUAAUCCACACAGCCACUUUAGUUACAUGUACCUUCCUGCUGGCUAUCAUUUUCUGCUUAGGUUCUUAUGGCAACCUUAUUGUUUUUUUGUCCUUCUUUGACCCAGCUUUCCGGAAGUUCAGGACCAACUUUGAUUUUAUGAUCCUCAAUCUGUCUUUCUGUGACCUUUUCAUCUGUGGAGUGACUGCCCCCAUGUUCACCUUUGCUCUCUUUUUGGAUUCUGCAGCUGGUAUCCCUGAUGCUUUCUGUUUUACCUUCCACCUUACCAGCUCUGGGUUUAUCAUCAUGUCCCUCAAGACAGUGGCUGUUAUUGCCCUUCACCGAUUAAGCAUGGUGUUAGGGAAGCAACCCAAUCGGACUGCCUCCUUCCCUUGCACUCUACUGCUUACCCUGCUCCUCUGGGCUACAAGCUUUACUUUGGCCACUCUAGCCACCAUGAGGACCCAUAAAUCUCGUCUUUGCCUUCCUAUUUCCAGCCUGAUCAGUGGUGAGGGAAAGAUCAUCCCUUACUUGUAUGUUAUUGAUUUCAUCUGCUGUGUGACAGUGGUUUCAGUUUCUUAUAUCAUGAUAGCUCAAGCCUUGAGGAAAAAUGCCCAAGUGAGAAAAUGUCCCCCCAUCAUCACAGUUGAUGCCUCCAGGCCUCAUCCUUUUGUUGGAACACUUGCUACUGGUUGUGCUGAUGGGGUACAGUGCACUGUGCCAGCUCUGUAUAGAAACCAAAACUAUAACAAGCUGCAACACAUCCAAACACAUGCAUACAUGAAGAACUUUGGCCAGCUCUCUGCAUCUGCAGCCAGCAGAUUCCAAUUGGUGUCCAUAAUUAAUUUGUCCACGGCCAAGGACUCUAAAGCAGUGGUGACUUGCAUUAUUAUUGUCCUUUCUGUUUUAGUUUGCUGCCUUCCAUUGGGCAUAUCUUUGAUACAGGAUGUUUUGUCCAGGAACAAUGGUAUUGUGCUUUAUCAAUUUGAGUUGUGUGGAUUUACACUGUUUUUUUUAAAGUCUGGAUUGAAUCCUUUUAUAUAUUCCCGUAACAGUGCUGGCUUAAGAAGGAGGGUCCUUUGGUUUAUACAAUACUUGGCCUUUGUUUUUUUCUGUUGUAAACAGAAAACACGGCUUCAAGCUGUGGGCAAAGGGGGUCUGGAGGCCAACAGAAAUAAAUCAUCUCAUCAUGAGACCAACUCAGCUUAUAUGCUAUCUCCAAAGCCUCAGAAAAAGUUUGUGGACCAAGCAUGUGGCCCUAGUCGCUCUAAAGAAAGUGUGCUGAGUCCUAAGGCUUCUGUUGGCCAUUAUCAUUAUGGAGGAGGGCAGAGUAGUUCCACCCCCAUGAAUACUCGCAUUGAACCUUAUUAUAGCAUUUAUAAUAGCUGCCCUUCUCAGGAAGUGAGCACUCCCAACAGCUUGCAACCAACAAACUCGCCAUUCAGAUAUGCCAACUCCUACAUUGCCAUGCAUUAUCACCCAACAAACGACUUGGUGCGAGAUUAUGACAGUACUUCUGCUAAGCAGAUACCAGUGCCCUCUGUGUAGCUGGUGGGAGCCGGCAGUGUCCAAUGUUCUACCACAAUGGUGGCUAUCCUAUCUUGGCAAGUUGUGCCAUGAGUCAUCCAUAUGAUACUUGUAUCACUAUUGCAUGCGCAUGAAUGUUCAGCCUCCAUGCAUUAAGUUGGUUUUGCUUCAGUUAGGAAGCAGCUGGGCUAGGAAAGAUAAGACUGCAAGCUUCAUGCCUUAGCCAGGCUUCUAAGUUCUCCUGUAUGUGUCUUGCAAAUUACUAUCCCAUAUUCUGCCCGUUUCAUUAGUAGUGUUUCUCCUUUUUAAAGAUUUCUGCGUGUCUACAGUAUUAUAACCCCAGAUUUUUUCUGGUCUUCAGCAAAGAUCAUUUAAAAAAAAAAUGUCUGCUACCACAAAUCACUGGUGUUUUGUGUUUUAUAAUUGAAUCAGACUUGCUUUGUUUAUAUUGUGAGUGCUUGAAAAUGUAUGUUUUACAAAGUUGCUUUUUAAAAGAUUUCUACUAAGAGUUAUAUCUAUUAUUGAUUUAGCAUGGAACAUCUUUUUCCAGAUGACAGUUAUGUUAGUUAUGUACAAAGAUAAAAACAAGUUAUAAAAUCUAGUAUCCAGUU